AUGGUGGGCACAGUUCGUUUCGAUGUUUGCCUCUCCGAUGGCUCUUUUCAUUCAAUUGAACUUCUCCCGGUCUCUAUUCUCAGCUUCGAUUUCUUUCAAUCCGAGCUUCUGUGUCUUUUUCACGAAUUCGAUCGGGUCGAAUAUGAGGACGAGGAUGGAGACCGAAUCGUUGUCAAAUCCGAUGAGCACUUGAAAAUUCUUCUCCACGAAUUGCAACCGAUUCGAAUCUGGUUGAUAAAAGACGAGCGAUCACUUUCCGAUCUUCCACUGAUCAUGCCUCACGAGUUAGAAAAUCUACAAGUGAUCUCAAAUGGGCAAUUCGGAACCGUUUACAAAUCCCUUUUAAUCAGUCGAGAUCUCAUUGUUGCUGUGAAAUGUGUACAUUUUCGGGAUGAUGCCGAUCAUCGAGAAGAUCUUCUCAAAGAGUUGCACGUUUUGGGAAAAUGUUGCCGAUCCGAGUACAUUGUCGAAUUGAUCGGUGCGAUGGUCAAUGGGAACACGCUUUCAAUCGUGCUUGAAUAUAUGGAUUGUGGAGCGGUAGCUGCGUACAUCCCUCUGCCUCCAAAUGUCCUUCCUGGGAUUUGUAUGAGCAUUCUUGAGGGAGUCUCUUUCUUAGCUUCUGUUAACAUCAUGCAUAGAGAUCUAAAACCCGAGAAUUGUGUGGCUGACUCGAGUGGACAUGUGAAAUUGACCGAUUUCGGAGUGUCAAAGCUAAUGGAAGGUUCUGUAGCCAACAGUAUUGUUGGUACUUCAGCCUACAUGGCACCAGAGAGGAUACAUGGAGGAGAAUACAAAAUCGAAUCUGAAAUCUGGAGCAUGGGUAUCACUUUUCUCGAGAUGGCCACCGGAUAUCAUCCGUUUUUACGACCAGGAGAGGAAUCGCUCACCGGUAUCCAUGGAAUAUUGCAAAGAAUUCUCCAAACAGACUGUGAAAUCGAUCCCUCGAUCACCAAACAAUAUGGAGUCGAUUUUGUCGAUAUGGCUUUGAAAUGGUAUCAUUUUUUAAGCGAUCUUUUGUUUCACUUACAA